AUGGCAGCAAGACCGCUUCUGAUAUCAGGCCUCCGAAAGACUAUCGGGGCAGGUCAAAACACAUGUGUUUGGACGGAGCCGUGGAUUCCAGAUAUUGAUGCCCGCCCGCCGAGACCGGCAGAACGAGUUACUUAUAGAGACCCAAAACUCCUUGUCCACUCCUUCAUUAGGCGGGAUAUAAGGGAUUGGGAUACUAACCUUUUACUUGAUUAUUUUCACCCAGAGGACAUCCCACUGAUACUCAAACUGCGACCUAGCAAUACAUGGUCAAUGGAUGGGUAUGCAUGGAACUAUACGAAAUCGGGCGUGUACUCGGUGAAAUCAGGAUACGCUCGACUACAGAAGAUUAAAAUGUGUGAAGCUGAAGAUCAGGUUUUACAACCAAGCAUCACUGGUUUACAGAGCCAUGAGUGGAGUAUCCCGGCUCCGGGAAAAAUGAAACACUUUAUGUGGCAAGCUUUGACAGGAUGUAUUGCUACGACUGAAAGGCUUGCAUGUAGACACCUGAGCACUGAUAGGAGCUGUCCUAGAUGCGGUGACUCUGAGGAAACUAUUAAUCACUUGCUUUUUGAAUGCCCCCCGGCACUUCAGGUGUGGGCUCUAUCGGACUAUCCGUCCCUUCCAGGUUACUUCCCGAGUACUUCUGUUUAUCAAAACAUGAACCUCCUGUUUAGGAGGAAGAGAAACGUGGCCUAUAUGGAACCACUUAUUGAGACCUUCCCAUGGAUCUUAUGGUACAUUUGGAAGGCACGCAACGAGAAAGUUUUCAAUGGAAAGGAAAUCUCACCAGGUGACACCUUGCAGCUAGCUUCUAUAGAAGCUGAAUGCUGGAGAAAGGCAAAUUUACCGGAGGAUGGAGAGGAGGAUGAGCUACAACCAGCACCGUCGCGAGUUUCGACUCUCCCUGUGAACCCUCAAUGCCCGACCUGUCAAAUUGAUGCCUCAUGGGUUGAUAAUGGCACGGUUAGUGGGCUAGGGUGGUUCUAUAAGGAUCAAAUGGGAGUCGAAAGAUUUGGUUUACAAGGAUGCCGGAAGAGCUUAUCAGCUCUCCAUGCAGAGAUGGAAGGACUCAUAUGGGCCUUAUUUUGUCUACGAGAAGUACAAUGUACUGUGAUCCAUAUGGAGACGGACUGCUCCGACCUGGUGGAUAUGAUUGCCAACCCGACUGAUUGGCCGGCCUUUGCCUCCGAGUUAGCCUCCUUCCGUCUUCUACGAGCCGGCUUCCAGGAUUUCAGCAUCGCCCAUAUACCCAGGGCUAGGAAUGUGCGUGCAGACUCUCUCGCUGAGGCGAGAAACAGCGGUGUUCUUUUUUCCCAUAUAGAUCAGAUCCAGCCGGACAGAGCGUCUCUUAGGAACGCCUCAAGACCGACUACCACUUGA